AUGAAACUGUCUGACGCAAUCACGUGUUAUUUAGGCCAACACAAAUGCGGAGAGAACGAGCAGUAUCUUGUUUGUGGCAGCGCCUGUGAACCGACGUGUCAGUCACUGAGAAGCAAACAGAAAGAAUGUGCUGAAAACUGCGUGAACCGGUGCUUCUGUCGUUUGGGGUACGUAAGAGACCGGCAUAACAAAUGCAUCCCUAAAGACAAGUGCUAA